AAAAACGAAAACACAAACAGAAACAAACAACUCGAGGGCUUGUCCAAGCAUCAAAAUAGCCAAUCAGUGAUGAGGACUCGACGGCCAUGUUUUUAUUUUUAAAUCACCUAGCACUCAUUAGCCGAGCGGCCUUGCAUAAGAGUUUUUCCUAUUUAAACACAAAAGAGAUCAUAAGACCAGAAAUUAGCAUUGCUUAUCUUUUGUUUCCCAGCUGUUCAGUUCGCCACCACAAACAUCAUUCUAUUUCUUGAUAUCCUUUCUCAACCUGCGCAUGUCCCAUUGUUUUGAUCGAGUUUCACUAGUGCCGCUAGCUAACGAAGCUCACUAAUCACUUGUAUAGUAAUGAGUAAGGACCUAAUUAUGUAUACUUGCUCAAAUUAACUCCAGCCGACGCGCUUCCGACCAGCAAGCACCACCAUGGUUCAACAUCGCUUCAUUGUCAUAGCUUAUCCAGCUCAAGGACACAUCAAUCCCUCCCUCCAGUUAGCAAAGCGCCUCAUCCGCACCACUGGUGCUCAUGUCACGUUUGUCAACACCGUCUACGCCCAUCGCCGCAUGGCCAACAGCUUAACUAUUCCUUGUCGCUUAACCUUUGCCCCCUUCUCCGAUGGCUACGACGACGGGACUAAACCUGAAGACGAUAGUGAGCAUGUCCUUAGUGAGCUAAGGAGUCGCAGCUCGAAAGCGAUCGUGGAUCUUGUCAAAACUGGUGCGAACGAGGGCCACCCUUACACUUGCAUAGUGUACACUUUACUUCUCUCUUGGGUCGGGGGAGUGGCCACUGAGCUUCAUCUGCCAAGCGCUCUCGCUUGGAUUCAGCCGGCCACAGUGUUCGACAUAUACUACUAUUACUUCAAUGGGUACAAAGAUCUAAUCAGGAACAAUACCGGUGAUGAAAACAAUGACCCUUCCUUUGCCCUAGAACUACCAGGACUACCACUAUUGUUGAAGAAGCGCGACCUUCCCUCCUUCAUUCUGGCUUCAAAUCCUUACAGUUCCGCUCUCCCAUUGUUUGAAGAUCAGUUCGAGAAACUUGGGAAACUAAGCAAGCCAAUCAUACUGGUCAACACGUUCAAUGCACUAGAACCCGAGGCCUUACGAGCAAUUGACAAGUACAACUUGAUCGGAAUCGGGCCUUUAAUGCCAUCUGCAUUCUUGGACGGCAAGGAUCCAUCCGAUAAAUCAUUUGGAGGCGAUCUUAUACAGAAGUCGAAGAAUUCAGCGUACCUAGAAUGGCUGAACUCAAAGCCAGUAGAGUCUGUCAUCUACGUCUCAUUUGGGAGCUUUUCCGUGCUGUCCAAGACUCAAAUGGAAGAACUUGCAAAAGGGUUGCUGGAUUAUGGACGUCCGUUUCUGUGGGUGAUUAGAGAAAACCAAAAGAAUGGAGGAGGUAAGGAAGAAAAAGAAGAACAAGAACUGAGUUGUAGAGCGGAACUAGAAGAGCUUGGGAAGAUAGUCCCGUGGUGUAGUCAGGUGGAGGUUCUGUCAAAUCCUUCAUUAGGGUGUUUUGUAACACAUUGUGGCUGGAAUUCAAGCAUGGAGAGUUUGGUUUCUGGGGUACCGGUAGUGGCGUUUCCUCAGUGGACAGAUCAAUGCACUAAUGCAAAAUUGAUAGAGGAGACGUGGAAGACAGGAAUUAGGGUUGCGCCGAAUGAGGAGGGUGUUGUUGUGGAUGAGGAGCUGACGAGGUGCCUGGAGUUGGUCAUGGGAGGUGAAGAGUUGAGAAGGAAUGCUAAGAAAUGGAAGGAGUUGGCGAGAGAGGCUGUGAGUGAAGGUGGUUCAUCUGACAAAAAUCUGAAGGCAUUUCUCGAGGAGAUUGAAAAAGGCUAUGUGUGCUAG